CUAAAUUAAGAGGAUAUACACACAAACAAAACCCCCUUGUUUGUACUUCAUUACACUCCUCCCAUAGUUUGUAACAGCAGCACAAACGAUGAAGUAGCAUUAGCAGCACCCCCAGUUUCUUUUUUCUUGGUUUUUGUGUGGAAGAGUUUUUGAGUUUCUGAGGGGAGAAUCAAGAAGACAAUGAAAGGGAAAAGUGAGGAGAAUCUCCCGGAGGAAGCUGUCGGAGAAGACUGGUGUUUUUUUUGCUACGAGGGUGGAGAUCUUCGAAUCUGUGAUUACAAAGGUUGCCCGAAAUCCUAUCAUACCUAUUGUGUGAAGAAAGAUGAUUCAUUCCUGGAGGAUGAGAGAGAAUGGUUUUGCGGUUCACAUAUCUGUGAAUGUGGUAAAAGUUCCGAUGUUCGUUGCCUUGGCUGCCCAAGGUCUGUGUGUGAGCACUGCAUUGAGUCUGAGGACAUAGUUGAAAUUGAAGGGGGGAAAGGACUAUGCAGUAAAUGCUUAAAUUUGGCACUAAUGAUAGAAGAGAAUAAGACUUCUGACUCUGAUGGGAUUCAUGUAGACUUUAGUGAUUUACAGACGGAGGAAGGUCUUUUUAAAGAAUAUUGGGAGAUUAUUAACAAAGAAGAAGGUGUGACUCUAGAAACCCUACACUAUGCAGAUGCUAAAAUGAGGAAAGGCAACAGAAGAAAGAAAGGCAGCCGAAGAAAGAAGCGCAGCAAAAAACAAUCUAGUCCUGAUUUAGAAAAGCAUGUAGAAUAUGAGGAAAGCGAGAUCUCUGAUUAUGAUGACUCCUAUUAUGCCAAGAAGAGAAAGUCAAAGCAGAAGCUGGACAGAUCAAGGAAUCCAACAUCCGCGAUGAAACAAAAGGUUAUGAAAACCGAGUUCAUAGGCUGGGGAUCAAAGUGUCUGGUCCAAUUUCUUGAGUCGAUCGGUGAAAAUGUGAGUGAAACCUUGUCACAGCGCAACGUGGCUUCUAUUGUGAAUCGCUAUAUACGGGAAAAUAAGCUUUUCCAUCCAGUUAAAAAGAGGCAAGUCAUAUGUGAUGCAAAUCUGCGAUCUCUGUUCAGACGAAAGACUUUGAACAAACACAGAAUAUCUCAAUAUUUGGAUUGCCACUUUGCUGAGAACCAGCUGUCAUCAGAGGAGGAUGAGAUCGUAGAUUUGUCAGAAGACGAAACUUCUGUAGUCCGUAAAAGGCAGAGGAAAUCAAGUGAAUAUAGAAAGGUGUCUGAAGACGAGAGCUCUCUAGUCGGCAGAAGGCAAAGGAAAAUGAGUGAACAUAAAAAGUCUGAGGAACCAGAAAAGCUUAGCAGACCUCAGUGCCAUUAUGCUUCCGUUUGUGCCGAUAACGUUAAACUUAUAUACCUGAAGAGAACUUUGGUUCAGAAGCUAUUGGAGGAACCUGAUACCUUUGGGAGAAAAUUGACCGGAAGCUUUGUAAAAGUUAAAUCAGAUCCUAAUGAUUACCUCCAGAAAAAGCCUCACCAGCUUAUGCAAGUCACAGGUAUAACGAGGGACUCAAGUGAUGAAAAUGACAUGAAAGUUUUACUUAAGGUUUCUGGCUCAACAAAACCUAUCAGUAUCAAAAUGUUAUUGGAGACUGAUAUCACUGAGGAGGACUGUGAAGGGUUAAGACAACUCAUAAAAAGUGGACUCCUCAAACAACCUACUAUUGCUGAGGUAAAAGAGAAGGUCAGAGAUCUGCACGAGGAAAGAAUGAAACACUGGAUUGCUAGGGAACUGAAGCUGCUGCAGAACCGUAUUGAUCAAGCGAAUGAGAAAGGAUGGAGAAAAGAGCUUUAUGAAUACUGGGCUGAACAAGAGAAACUACAAUCAUCGAAAGAACGUCUGCUGCAAAAUGUUCCGGAUGUGCUUGCCGCUGAUUUUAGCGAACUUGACUUUAUACCUGAAGGUAUUAUAGAUGAUAAAGAAGAAGAUGACAGCUCAUUCAUAUCAGGUUCUGAGAAGAAGGAACACCAGCAAAGCAAGGCAUAUCAGUCUAGUCCUUGUACUCCUAGCAUAAAGCUAAAUACAGGAAAAUCACUGCAGGCUAUGGGCGUGCAUGUUGUCAACUUCACUGGUGAUGUCAAUGGCAAAAAGCGAAAUGCUGCGACUCAAACUCAAGAACUCGAGGAUCCUAAAAGUCCAACAUAUAACUGCAUAAGCCCCGAUGGCGAGAAGAAGGGCCCCUUUUCCCUAGAAUUUCUCAAUCAAUUGAAAACCUUCGCUCCUGCUUCUUCGGAAUACAGAGUAUGCAAGGCAGGGGACAGUGAAAAAAAUGCCAUCCCGCUGGAUGAUGCAUUAGACUUGUUCCCUCAGAACUAGAAACAAGAUCGACUUAUCAUCUAUCGUAUAUAUGUCUAAGUUUGCUGAAAGAUCGAGGACAAAUCUAGUAUAUAUUAUGAUAACUAACUAUGCUUGGUUGAACUUAUUAUAAUCUGUAUACUUUCUAGCCUGAGAGUUUGGCGCGUCAAAAGUACUGCAACACCCCAGGAAACCCUACAUGCUUCCUUGAAGUAUGUGACAGUUUUACCAAUAUCUGGGAAGAUGUUAUUAUGAUAUGUUAUCAGUUUUAAACAUGGUUGUUCA